AUGAAUAAUCUAGAGCGUGGUUGGAUGUAUGAGAUUUCUUCAGGUCAAGAUUUGCAUGGUAGUGCUCAACCUGAAUUAACAUAUGAUAAUCCAUACCGACAAAUGGUUUUUGAUGUUUCGUGUCCCAACUUUUCCCAAGGUUCAAGUUGGCAAUCUUCUAGCAAUAUUGAACCUCAGCCAACUCAUCCUUGUGAACCUUUGAUGGAGGAAGAUCCUAAUCCCGACUCUCAAAAAUUGUAUGAUUUGCUACAAGCAGCUACUCAAAAAUUGUAUCUCGGUUCUUCUCUCUCUGAACUUGUGCUUGUCUCUCGGAUGUUAAAUAUUAAAAUGGAGAACAAUAUGUCACAGAGAGGUUAUAAUCAAAUGAUGCAAUUGUUGAAAGAGGCUUUACCUGAAGAUAACAUGGUUCUUGAUAGUUAUUAUCAGACUAAGAAGCUAGUGCGUAGCUUGGGUUUGCCAAUUGAAAAAAUUGAUUGUUGUGAAUUAGGAUGUAUGUUAUAUUGGGGUGAUGAUGAACACCUUACAUGUUGUACAUUCUGUGGCCAUGAGAGAUACAAGCGCCGUGUCGGCUCUCGUAAAAGAAAAUUGGUCCCUUAUAAGAAAAUGUAUUAUUUUCCUUUGAUUCCUAGAUUGCAAAUAUUAUAUGCAUCCCCUGCUACUGCUGCUGAUAUGAGAUGGCAUCAUGAGCAUACAAAAGAGGAUGGUGUAAUGCGUCAUCCAUCAGACUCUGAGGCUUGGAAGCACUUCAAUGAAACUCAUCAUUUUUUUGCUGUGGAACCAAGAAAUGUAAGAUUGGGGUUAUGUACUGAUGGUUUCCAACCAUUUAGUCAGUCUGGGAGUAAAUACUCUUCAUGGCCAGUGAUUGUCACUCCUUACAAUUUACCUCCAGGGAUGUGUGUGGAAGCAUUUGACAUCUCAAAAAAGCAGAACUUUCAACUAAAUGCAGCUUUAAUGUGGACAAUCAGUGACUUUCUAGUAUAUUCUAUGUUAUCCGGAUGGAAUACUGCAGGAGAGAUCGUAAAAAACUUUCGUAAAGGCAAGACUGUCCAAAGAUCAUCACCACCCUAUAGAGCAGGAGCAGAAUUAUUGAACCAAAUUUGUGACUUGGGCAUAAGGAAAGUAACAGAGUUAGAUGCAAACGAAGAUAAUCGAAGAUUAUGCAAGUCUUGUGGAUGGAAAAAGAAAAGCAUCUUUUGGGAUUUGCCUUAUUGGAGUUCUAACAUGAUUCGACAUACUCUUGAUGUCAUGCAUAUUGAGAAAAAUGUCUUUGAUAAUGUGUUUAACGCAGUUCUUAAUUUUGAUGACAAAAUGGCACUUACAGAAUUGAGCUUAUUUUUUAAAGAUCUUACUUCCACCACUCUACGAGUGGAUGACAUGGAGAGAUUGGAGAGAGAUAUUCCACAAAUCUUAUGCAAGUUAGAACGUAUAUUUCCUCCUGGGUUCUUUGACUCAAUGGAACAUCUUCCUGUGCACAUUCCAUAUGAAGCAAAGAUAGCUGGACCAGUGCAAUAUCGAUGGAUGUAUCCAUUUGAAAAGUAA